GCCUCCGACGGCGAGCAGCGCCGCAUGGUGGACAUCACGCGCGACAAGCCCAUCAAGGUGACGGUGCGAGUCGUCGUGCCCGUCCGGGACCACCCAAAGUUCAACUUCGUAGGGAAGCUACUGGGUCCUAAGGGCAACUCGUUGAAAAGGCUGCAGGAGGACACGAUGACGAAAAUGGCCAUCUUAGGACGCGGCUCAAUGCGGGAUAAACAUAAGGAGGAGGAACUGCGGUGCUCGGGCGACCCCAAGUUCUCUCACCUGAGCGACGAUCUGCACGUCGAGAUCACGGCGUUCGCCCCGCCGGCAGAGGCGCACGCACGCAUCGCAUACGCUCUCGCCGAGGUGCGACGUUUCCUAGUACCGGACUACAACGACGAGAUCAGGCAGGAGCAGAUGUGGGAGAUGCAGAUCCUGAACACGGCGAUGCAGCGGCGGCCGCUGCUGGCGGCGGCGAGCCCGGCGUCUUCCGAGUCGCCCCCCGGCAGCCUGUCGCCCGGUAGCCCGCCCCCCGCGGCGGCGGCGCAGCCCGGGGGCCGCCACGUCGCCUCCCCGCCGCCCCCGCAGCAGCAGCCGGCGCCGCAGCAGCAGCCGCCGCCCCCGCAGCAGCAGCCGCCGCCGCCCCAGGUGUCUGCGCAGGCGCCGCUGCUGCACCCCGCGCUGCGCGGCCUCGAGCCCGCAGCCGCGGGCGUCGCGACGGGGGCGGCGGGCGUCGUCGCGGUGGCCGGCGGCGCGCAGGCGGCCGCGUCAGCCGCGGCGGCGGCGGCGGCGGCGGUGGUCGCCCAGCAACAGCAGCAGCAGCAGGCUGCCGCCGCCACAGCAGGUAGGCGCGCGGCGCGCCCAAAACCUCCAGCACGAGUUGUAAUUAAACCGGCCGACUGA